AUGCAAAUUAAAUUUAAUCAAAAAUUUCCUUUGUCCUCACCAUAUGGUGUUAUGCUAACUGGAAGAUUAAUAUUUUCUUUUUUACUAAUAAUAAUAAUUGCUUUUAUGAAAUAUCAUUAUGAUGGAAUUGGAUUAGUAAUAUGGUCAACAUGGUUUUUUGGUUUUUGGGCUGCAUUAUCUUUUACAGCUCAUCUUUUUGGUCUUCAACAUAAUUUAUCUGAUUCACCAGGAGUUGUCUUUUAUAUUCCUUUUGCUUUACUAGAUUUUUUUGCUGGUCUCUUUGGUGCUUUCUUUCAUUGUAUUGGUACUUUAAUAUGUCUUGUAUCACUUUUUGAUGCUGCUAGACAUUCUACUGGAUUUUUUAUUAAUUAUUUUCUUGCAACUAUAAAUUGUACUCUUUUAGUUAUAUUCUUUGGUUACUACUCACUACUGAUAUACCGUAAAACUCCAAAUGGAAAAUUGCUUGCAAUAAGAGAAAUAAUUGUUCAAGGAGAUAGUGUUACUCAUUUAAAUUUACCAACAAUAAGUAAUAAUACAAGAAUGACUGGACCACAACCUACUCAUACAAUGACAGGAGUUUCUGUUUUUAAAACAAUUCAAUCUCCAUACUAA